AGCAGAUCCUGCCAAGUUCCACCUGUAGUUGGCUCUAUUUUUCAAGUCAGAUGUUUGGCUCCUCUAUCUCCUGCAAAAAGGAGUCAUGCAACCAGGACAAGACUCUUCCCAGAGUCCCUGAUGGCCAGGACAGAGUUGAGACUACACUGUUGAGACCGAGUCCUGGAUUUGUAUCAUUCAAGGAGGGUUCAAAUGAUGACUUCCUCAUUACUCCGGACCUUUUUAUUCCUGACUCUGGCCAUAGUGGCCACUCUCAGGGCUGGCAGUCAGUGUCCAGCAUGUGAGAGACCUGCCAUAGACCUGGAGAGCCACCGGCAGCUGCUUCUCGAUAUGGCCAAGAGAAGCAUACUAGACAAGCUGCACCUCAGCCGGCCCCCAACACUGAGCCGGCCUGUAUCCAGAGCUGCUCUGAGGACUGCACUACAGCGCCUCCAUGGGCCUCCACAGGGGACACUCCAGGAAGACUACAGGAGACAAGAAUAUGAGAUCAUCAGCUUUGCUGAGACAGGCUUCUCCAACGUCAACCAGACACGACUUGAUUUCUACUUCUCCUCUGAUGAGACUGCUGGUGGUGUGGAGAUCCAACACGCCAGCUUCCUAUUCUUCGUGCAGCUCCCUCCCAAUAGCACCCAGAGUAUGAAUGUAAAGGUCUUUGCACUAAGCCCCCAUGAUACCAACCUCACCAUAGCUAGCCAGCACCUGCUGGAGGUGGAUGCCAGUGGCUGGCACCAGCUCACCCUAGGGCCUGAAGCUCAGGCUGCCUGUAGCCAGGGGCACCUUACCUUGGAGCUGGUACCUGAAGGCCAGGUAGCCCACAGCUUAGUCAUCAUGGGUGACACUGCCCAUAGGCCUUUUGUGGCAGCCCAAGUAAGAGUAGGGGGUAAGCACCAGGUUCACCGACGAGGCAUUGACUGCCAGGGAGUAUCCAGGAUGUGCUGUCGACAAGAGUUCUUUGUCGACUUCCGUGAGAUUGGCUGGCAAGACUGGAUCAUCCAACCUGAAGGCUAUGCAAUGAACUUCUGCACAGGGCAGUGCCCACUACAUGUGGCAGGCAUGCCCGGCAUUGCUGCCUCCUUUCACACUGCAGUACUCAAUCUUCUCAAAGCCAACACAGCUGGUGGUACUGCUGGAGGAGGCUCUUGCUGUGUGCCCACAGUCCAACGGCCUCUGUCUCUACUCUACUAUGACAGGGACAGCAACAUCGUCAAGACUGACAUACCUGACAUGGUGGUAGAAGCCUGUGGGUGCAGUUAGUCUAUGCAUGAUAAAGGCACCCCGAGGUGAGAAGUGCCCUUUCUCAAGAGGAGGGAAUGACCCCAUGCCUACCUCUGUCCAUAAUGUGGAUGGUCUCUUCCUGAGCAACCUAUGGAAAUUACUGCACCUCUAAGUUGAAGAGUUCUAUAUUAAGAAGAAUCAUGGCACUGUCUUCAUGACCACCCACCUCUGUCCCAGAGCAUAGUCUACCCACCAUACUCUUCAUGCUCAAACCCUUCCCGCCUCAGGCACAUAGUGAUGCCAUCUGCAAUGCCAUCUGGUUCUCAGGCAAAGACACCCUUAAUUCACCCUUAAUCAAUCCCAUCAUCUACUAUGUCUCCCUGCCCUUUCUACUUGAUGGCCCCAAUCCAGGAUGAGUUGAUUCAACCCUCCCUUCAUCUUUCUGACCCUCCAGAGUCUCUCCCUUGGAUUCAUCAAACAUUAAAUUACUGUUCUCCAA